AACCGUUUUCUCAGAAUAAUCGCCGUGACGUUUGAUCCGAGCUACUGAGCCAAUGGGAGCUUUCGCCAAUGUGCCUUUGGCUGCCCCUCCCAAGUCCCUCCCGACUCGCUCCCGACCGACUCGCUCCCGUGGCUUCAGCCGGGUAGCAUUCCUCCAUCGGACGCAGCAUCAGCCCUCCUCCGCCACGCCAUGCCAUGCCACGCUAUGCCACACCCACGCCAAGCGCAGCGCGGUUUUCCUCCGGCUCGGAGCCCCUCCAUCGUCUCCCCGCCAUUGGUUUUCCAAUAGAGUCAUGAGACGGCGGUUCCCUAAAAUAAUAUAGUUACUAGUACUAGUCGAUUUCUGGCGUUCUCUUCCAUGUCUCGGCCUCCAGUGACAAGGGUAGACAUUACGACCAACGAACACGAUUCGUAGUAAGAAUCUGUAGUACAGCUCUUACCACGCACGCCUUGCUGCUGCAUCAUCGGACAAGGGCUUGUUCUACUACUAUGAAUAGUAUCUCCGCGGCCCGUGGUUUGAGUCGCCUGGGCGUCAGCUGUUUAAUCGGACAAGGGCAUGCCAUGCAGUGGUUCUAUUUCCUGACGAGGUAACACUGUGAUUUUCUCGUACAAGCAGGCGGCACUGGCACGGGCGCGGGCGGCGUGCUAAACGUAGCGCGAAAAAACACGAGGCCGCGUGUUUUCGCGUCCAUGGGGCCUUGGGAGGGCGUGAUCAUGCGGCUGUCUGGGACUGGCAGCCUCGGCAGAGACAGCUGCAGCAGAAAAGGAAGCACCGUGUCCCCUAGGCCUACUACCCACGCUAGUGGCAGCAGCGGCGGCAGCAGCGGCGGCAACAGCGGCAGCGGCAGUGGAAGAAGGGAUGAUAAGUCCCCCAGUGGCAAGUCCAUGCGGAGGCCGGCUCGGCUGUCGGCAUCAGGUGAUAACGCCAUGGAAGAGCAGCUGCUGCUGUCCCCGCCGCCGCCGCCUCUGCUGCGGACCCCACUGCCAUCUCCUCCACAGGCGCUGUCACCACCACCGCGGGUGCUUUCUCCACUGCGGGUGCUGACACCGCAGGUGCUGACACCGCGGGUGCUGACUCCACUGGUCCUGUUACCCCCGGUCCUGUCUCCGCGGGUUCUCUCGUCAUCCCGGGCGCUUUCGUCGCCCCGGGUGCUGUCAGCUCCUUCUGCUCAUCAACAGCAAAGUGACUGUCAGCACCAGCAGGUGCCGUUCUCCCUGCAGCAGGAGUGGGAGCAGCUGCAGCGGGAGCAACAGCAGCAGCAGCAGCAGCAGCAGCAGCAGCAGCAGCAGCAGCAGCAGCCGCCGCAGCAGCAGCAGCAGCAGCAGCAGGAGCAACAGCAGCAGCGGGAGCAGCAGCAGCAGCAGCAGCAGCGGGAGCAGCAGCCGUGGCAGGAACAGCAGUGGCAGCAGCACCACCACCACUGCCAACAGCAGCAGCGAGGGUUUCAGGGUCAACCCACUUUCGACGGUUUUACAGCACAGGGUGCUGUACCCGUUUAUGGCAGUCUCGAUGCUACUUCUAACCUCCAAGGCCUCCUCAGUCAGCGAUACACCACCCAGCCUGGUUGCUGCCAGUACAAGACAGAGGAGAAGGGAAGGCAUGAGGAGAAGGGAGGGCGUGAGGAAGAGAAGCCGAGCUGGCUCGGCAUUUUUGACGACUUAAACUGGGAGGCAAGUGACGACGACGAUGACGUAACCCUUGCUCCGGUUGUAUAUUCUCCAACCACUGCCUGCACUGCCGGGGUGACUUCUGAGGCAACUCAAAAGACAGCUCGCCGGCUGGACGACUCAGACAGGGAGGCGAGUGAUGAUGAUGAUGACGACGACGACGACGACGACGACGACGACGACGACGACGACGACGAUGCAACCCCUGCUGCUCCGGUUGCUUCUUCAUCUUGGAGGACUACGUCUGCAACCCCUGCCCCUGCAACGUCUGCAGCGGUGGACGAUGAUGAUUCAGCCCCUGCUCCGGCUGCUUCUUCAGUUUCUGCUGGUGCCUUUGCGUACAGCCGCGCGGCCACCGAGGCUGCAGCUGCUGUGCUUACGCAUGGAGGGCCGGCCGUCGCUGCUGCUGCUGCUGUGGCUCCUAAGCCGACUCAAAUGUCUGCUCCAGUUGCUUCGUCACUUUCCGCAGGUGCCUACACCCAUGGAGAGGCGACCUUUGCUGCAGCUGCUGCAGUGACUUUAAAGUCGCCUCGAAAGAUGGUGACUUUUGAGUCGAUUCUAAAGUCUGCUCCGGUUGCUUCAUCACUCUCCGCUGGUGCCUUUCCCCAUAAACGGCUGGCCGUUGUUGCAGCUGCUGUGCUUACCCAUGGGGGCGCUACCAAAGAACACCGAAGAGUGAGAUUUGACCUUUCAACAGCGCCUGUUACGCGCAGCGAGGCACACCAGAAGGAGGAUGGCAGAGCGAGGAAUUUUAGUGCUGCUGGUGCUGGCGCCGUUACUGCUGCUGCUGCUGCUGGCGUUGGUAUUGCUGCUGCUGCUGCUUCUUCUGAUGCUGCUGCGGCUGGUCCAUCCUCGCUUGAUCCUUCUCAGAAUCGCUUCCCGCCUGCAAUUGGGCAUGAUUCCGGGGCGGAAAGCAGCAGCAUGAGGAGGACAGGAGGUGGAGAAGCGAGGAAACACAUGAGGCCAUCCUUCAGUGCUGCGUCGCUGACUGAUCUGUGCGUAUGGAACGAGUCUGCAGGAACUGCAGAAAGUGCAGAAAAUGCAGAUACCAUGGUAGCCGUGUCCAGAAGAAGGCCAGACGAAAGGCAUGCGAGGGCCAGCAGCAUUGGUAGCUUGAGCAUCGGACGUGUCACAAGUGCUUUCGAGUCAACUCAAAAGCAAACGGCAGACAAAAUGGCUGAGUCUAGCCUCCAUUCUGGAGCGGUUUCCAGAACGCGUUCGGAGGGACAGGGUUCUGAGAUCACAAGUGGUAGGUUGAGGAACGGGCCACGGGGACGGUUUUUUGAGAGUUUGAAAAGAACUAACACAGUUGAGGCUAGCCCCGAUUCAGGAGUGGCAUCCAGAACGCGGUUGGAGGGACGUGUUUUUGAGAUCACAAGUGGUAGGUUGAGGGGCGAGCGGCGUUCAGCGCAAGAGUGUGGUAGGUUAAGGACGACAGGAGAUGGCGAAGCAAAGAGGGCUGGUUUGCCCGACGCUGGUUUGCAAAAAGCCAAGGCUGGGAGGCGGGGAGGAGGCGGCGGCAGCGCUGCUGGUAGUACUGCUGGCAGCGUUGGUGAAAGGGCUGGUGGCAGCGUUGGUAAACGCGUUGAUGGCAGCACUGGUGGUGGGAUUCAGGGUUUUCUUGCCAAGCUGGGGAUUAGGUCUGGGAUGGGACAGAGGAGAAAUGCCGUGGGGGGCAGGAGCGGGAAGAGCGGUGAAGAGGUGAGUGCAGAAGGGGCGGGCGGGAGUGAGAGCGGCGGAAAGAAUGGAAAGAGAGGGAGUGGGGAGAGAAGAAACGGAGGGAGAGGGGGUGGGCAGCGAAGGAAGGGGGAGAGAGGGAAUGGGGAGAGAUGGGACAUCGAGAGACGGAAUGGAAAGAGAAGCAAUGGGGAGGAAAGUAGUGAGCGAAGUAGUAGUAUUGAGCAAAGUAGUGGUGAGCAACGCAGUAGUGAUGGUCGCUCUGACGAUGGAAACCUGGCUGAUGUGGAUGGGACAGGAGCAUGGCACACAGGUGGUGGCAACGCUCCGUUGUUGAGACGCGGCAAGACUGCAACUGUAGUGCUGCUACCCAAGACAACUCCUGCCCUGCUGUGCGCGCAAGCGAGGCUGCGGAGGAAGGGCGGCAGUGUGGACAACCUGUGUCUUUACGACGAGACAGAUAAGAUGGAACACUCUGGUAACACCAUCACCGGGCGGCACGGGCGGGUGGCUUCAGCGGGCGGCGCAGGGGUGGAUGGGAGCAGAGGCACAGGGGUGGCUGCUGAUACUAAGACGGAACUCUCUCGUAGCGCCAUCAUCGGGCAGCACAGGCGGGUGGCUUCAGCGGGCAGCGCAGGGAUGGAUGGGACCGAAGUCACAGGGUUGGCUGCUGUUACUAAGAUGGACCUCUCUUGUAAUCCCAUCACCGGGCAGCACAGACGGGUGGCUUCACUGGGCAGCGCAGUGAUGGAUGGGAGCGAAGGCACAGGGGUGGCAGCAGUUACAGAGAUGGUAGAGCAGUGUACCGAGCAUUCUGACAAUUAUGGCCGAUGUGAAAACCGGGAGGAUUACAUGGGUAACAAGAGCUGGGAGCGGGGUGACUAUAGCGAGGGUUAUGAUGCUGAUUCCGGCAGUCGAAGUGGUGGCAGUGGUGGGGAUUGUAACAGAAGUGGCAGUAAGGGAAGAGGGAGGCCGAUAGCACACGCAGCUAUCGCCACUGGUGCUGCCACUACUGUGCAUUCCCUACAAGGCAGCCCCUUCUCUCGUGCUCCUAGCAGCCUCUCCCCUGGUCCUCCCAGCGAACGAUUCUCUCAUGCUCCUGUCACCACCAGUGCAACUGCUGCCACUGGCCGGGGUACUGCCAAUGCAACCGCAGCUGCCGUUCCUGCUGACCGCGCCAUGCUUAAAGCCCUUCUCUCUCCUCGCUUUGGCCCGUCCCCCUCCCACCCCACUCUCCUCUCUUCGCCGCUUCUCUCUCCCUUAGUCCCUGAGUGGCAGCAACAGCUCUCCCGGUCUCCUCUCCCACCUGAUUCCUCCUUUUUUCCGGCUGCUGCAGCUGUUAGCAUAUUUAGUGUCUCGCCAGGUGACCUCUAUUCUGCUUGAUGCUUGAGGUAGUGUCACGCCAGCUACUGUAGCUGCAGCCGAUAGUGUCACACCAGUUUCUGUAGCUGCAGCCGUUAGUGUCACGCCAGUUUCUCUAGCUGCAGCCGAUAGUGUCAUGCCAGGUGACCUCUAUUCCGUUUCCAGUGAGUGCGGUUUGAUUGGCAGCCAGGGAGGGAGAAGAGGGAGGGGAUGCAGUGGAGGAGAUGAGAGAACUUUACUUGGUGCUGCUGAUUCUAUGUAUGGUAGGGGGAACCUUCACUGGAUGCUGCUUACUACGCAAUGCAACUGUAGGAUAA